GAGCAACGCACGGUGCAGUGACGCAACGCAACGAGGCAUCGCGCGCAGAGUACCUUGCGUUUAUAAUAAUGGCGUUGCCGUUUUUCUCGUGAAGAGUAGAGAUGACACGUGAGGGUAUUUUUUAUUUCCCCGAAUGAAUGUGCAGAACUGUCAGCUCUGCUUCCUGUCCCGUUUACUGCAGCGAGGUCUGCAAGGAAGUGGUGAAUAAGAAGAUGCUGCGAUUACUCUUUGUGUUUUUGAUUCUUCGAUGUGCAGCUGUUGCAUCAGAAGACAUAGAAUCUUCUGGAAAAUGUGGCGAUGAGAACAGUGACGAUGAGUGCGAUGAAACAGCGAUAUCAAGGCGCCUACCCAUGAAUGAUAAUCCUGGAUUAGAUCAAAGGUCCAAAGGAGAAAUGGACGAAAGUAAAGCAGAUGAAAAAGGAACACUGAUCAUCGUCAUAGCUGCUGUCAGUGUUGUAGCUUUGGCCAUAGUUGCGGUUAUUGCUAUUGUCUUCUUCAGACGCUAUUUACGGAGCCAGGAACAGGGGGUUUACACCAUGCCGGUUGACCAAGUACAGAAAGCUGCUGUUUAACCAUCAGUGCCUUUAUAUAUCCUCACCACACUGGAUUUUUCAAGGAAAUACAGCAAGCAUGUGUUUUCUCAUUCAAAAAUGUGUAUAUCUGUAGCAGAGUCUAAACCAGCAACCGAUUAUGUUUGCCGACCGUCAUCAAUUUUCUAUAAACCAUUUUCAUAUGCAAGAUGUACACAAAUGCAACGUGUUGCACUCGAACUCAAAACGUUUCUGAAAUGGACAUGGACUCUCGUUGGACCCACUUUUUUCAACCAGACCUACUUUAUGUUUUUCUGUAACUGGAUCAAGUGCAGGCCAUUGUUAAACCUUACCUAUUUUUUUUUUUUCAAAUCAGUGGACCUUUCACUUCAGGUUCAGAUUCAUCUCUGUAAGCAAACAACAGAUCAAAACAGUGCAGCAUUUGUUUGACGCAACGUCAUUGGCUCAACCAACGGCGUGAGUUUGGGGAGGGACUUUCGGUUUGUUCGACCAAUAGCAGGCGGGGAAAGCGCUCGGAAAACCUGUUCAUCACAUUCAUACACUGCACCUUUAAGAAAACCCUCUUCUUAUUUUCACUUUCUCUGUGCAAAUUCAAGGCGUUUAAAAGGUAAAGUUGGUUUGUGUGUCUGAUUGUUUGACAAAGGAAAGAAAGAGUCAAAACAAGUAGAAAAACGCCUCUGAACAGCCCCGAAUUAAUCGACCUCUUUGAAUAAUGAUGUUGUUUUCUUUUUCCUCCUUUAACCGAGCGCCCAACCCUCUACAGUACCGGAGAUUGUAAAUAGCUCUGGGAUGCUGGGUAGCAGAUUAAUGUUUUAUAUAUAUUGCUGGCUUAAAUAGGAAUGGAUAAAAUCCAAUGGGCGGUCGGAUUGGGAGAGAUACGGACAGACCCAGGACACCCAUGUGUCAUAAGAAGAAAGGAAAUAUCCAAAAGACACUAUAGCAGACUCUUUACUGUAUUUAUCCCGCUCUCACUUUCCCCCGCCAUCAUCUUGUUUUUAGAUUAAAACGGAAAUCAAUCAAACCACUUUGAUUCGCAGGCCCAGGCCGCCUUGGCUCUUUAUCACGAAUAUACACAAGCACUUUUAAUGCCGAUCGAGAUGCCUUUCCUUACUUUGCCUUUUUUCAUACAUCACCAGGGGUUAUUGAACAAAAUGACCCCAUCAAGUUUUCAUUAGGUUUUAAAAUAUGCAGCGAUCACAGUUAGUCCGGCCUCAUAUCAUUUAUCAAAUAGCCUAAAAUCUGGUGCACCACUUACAGUAGUAAUGACAGUAUUUGCAUAUAUCCUAAACAUUUCUACAGGUUUAUAAAAAAAUGUGAUUCGAUACAUUCCAAAAUUUUGUGUGAAUUAAUCUGAGUACUAAUUAAACAAUAAAAUUGAAAUUUUACACCCACUUUGGGUGAGUGAUGUGCCAUGCUGAUAUUAUAGCCUCGUAUAUAGUAGCAGUCAGGCCGAUUUGGCCAACGGCCCGGCCUUUAAGUAUCUCUUCUCUGUGUUCUUUAUACAACCUGUCUUUUCCACCUUUCACCGGCUAAAUUUGCGGUGUCUUGAUUAGUCAAGCUUCUCCUGCUUGCCGGUUUUUAUUUAAAUCCAAGUGAAAUCCAAUCGUGUUUGCAUCAGAGUUUGUUACUUCGACGCAUUCGGGUGUACUGUAUAUAAAAGCAUUAGUGUGUACUACUAUUAAUCAUGAUCUGCAAUAUAACCGUUCAAAAAGUGUCCUUAGAUGAUAGCAUUUCAGAACUGGAACAUAUAAAAAAAAGAAAAAUUGUAUAAUUAAUAUAAAAUAUCUUUAGCCAGUUUUACAUUAUUUUAUGUUCUCAUUAUUUUUAAUAGAGUUUGUGUAUUAAAAAAACAUUGAGCUUGAUUAAUUCCCGAGAUUAAUUUCCUCUGGGCUUUUGGGGGCAGGUGGAUGAAAAAGUUGUUUAAUGCUAUGUGAAGGGAUGUAAUGCUUAUGUAAAAAUAUGCGUUUGGUAUUUUCCAUUUAAAAACACUCAAGAAAUGAAUAAAAAAUGUAAUGUUAUUUUCAGAUUUACAUCAAUUUUUGUUACUUGUGUUAUUAGUUUUUGCGAUCUGUAAACUGACAUUGGCAAAUGUCUUUCAAGGGAUAAAGUGAUGGCCAGAUAGAUGGAUGUAUAGGAUGUGUACUUAUAUAUUUUCAAAGGGGGAUCAUUACAGAUUUUAUUGCAUUCCUUUGCUGAUCAGCUCAGAAAUCAGCUUCAAUUGUUCAUGUGUGUGUGUGUGUGUGCGCGUGUGUGUUUAAAGGUAAUGUUUGAGGUAUAUGACUAUAAAAUGUAAACUUUAAACAUAUAAAUAUAUAUAUAUAUAUAUACUUCUUAAAAGUAGCCAUUACUUCUCAUUAUAAUAGUCAUUUAACAAACCUUGUGUGAUUUCUACUGAUGUUUUAACAUAAAUUCCCAUUGCUGUAUAUAUUUGUAUGAACCUUAUUUUUUAAAUAAAUAUGUAUCGUUACUCACUAA